AAUGCUGAGACACAACCGGAUGUAACCGAGGCAGUCAUCCGGCAGCUGAGGGGCCGAGAGGCAGUCGAGCAAACGAUAUACAAGCAGUCAAAAAUCGUAUUAUUUUAAUAACUACUUCAUAUCGUGAUUAGAUACAACAAAGGAACAGACAUGAUUAAAGCCAUCUUGAUAUUUAACAACCAUGGGAAGCCGCGGCUGAUCAGAUUCUAUCAGUAUUUUGCAGAGGACAUGCAGCAGCAGAUCAUACGGGAAACGUUCCAUCUGGUGUCCAAGAGAGACGACAACGUCUGCAACUUCUUGGAGGGUGGGAGUCUCAUCGGUGGCUCUGACUACAAGCUGAUUUACCGGCACUACGCAACCCUCUACUUUGUCUUCUGUGUGGAUUCUUCUGAGAGUGAGCUCGGCAUUCUGGACCUGAUCCAGGUGUUUGUGGAAACGCUGGAUAAAUGCUUUGAGAACGUCUGUGAACUGGACCUCAUUUUCCACAUGGACAAGGUCCAUUAUAUCUUGCAGGAGGUGGUGAUGGGAGGCAUGGUGCUGGAGACUAACAUGAAUGAGAUUACGGCCCAGGUCGAUGUGCAGAACCGCAUGGAGAAGUCAGAGGGAGGUCUAUCAGCAGCCCCCGCUCGCGCUGUCUCCGCCGUAAAGAACAUGAACCUGCCCGAAAUCCCCCGCAACAUCAACAUCGGAGACAUCAAUAUCAAAGUGCCGAGCCUCUCCCCGUUCUGAGUGGCGUUCCAGCUGAGCUCUGCAGGGCUGAUGUACUACUGAUGCAGUUCCUCUCCGCCCAGCUCUGUCGUCCAUACGGAGAAAACAGUUUUAUAUGUGUAUUAUGGAACCACAGCAGCUUAUCCUCCCCUUCAUUCCUUUCAUGUGAACGUGAGAUAAGCUGCUGAUUAUUUUUGAGUUCUGCUGUAUACAAUUUACGGAUGACUCUAGUUGAAGGAUUUGCACAAUAAUGUAAAGUUUAAUUCAGAGUGAUAUUAAUAUGUAUGUAUCUUCUGCUAUUCUUUCUGUUUUCUUUUUCUUUUUCUUUCUCCAGUUGAUGUCCUAUUCCUUUAAAUCUGUGCUGGCCUGGUGCCUAUUUUCCUGCACAACUCUUCGAAAUAGUCCUGUCAAAGGUUUGAAAAUGCUCCCUGUCUAGCGUGAGCUUUUGGACUCGACACAGUUGACUGUAAUGAGAUCCUUUGGCUUCUGUGUUGGGCUGUAAUUACUCAAACACAUCUUUAUCUCCUGUUCCAAGUGUGUGUUCAUACACACCGGGAUUAACCUCCUCUGCUUGGCUCCUUUCACAGUUUAUUUUCUCCUUCUCUGUAAUAUAUUGUGUCUCUGACAUGCUUGUGAUUUGUGAAUAACAAUAUUGUUCCCAUGGUUGCAGAAUGUGCGCAGUUCUGCAGAUGUAAAGGCUGUUCAGUUCCAGCCAAAUUUUAAUGUGCUGUGGAGGUAUCCUGCCAACAUCUGUUAACUUUUUUUGGAUCUUAAAUCGUUUGUAUAAAGUGUGUUUGUGUGUUAAAGGCUGUCUCUAGUGGUCAGAUACAACCAGAUUAAUUUGCACCAUACUCGAGUUUAACCAUUAUAUCCUGUCAAACUGUUUCGUGGCAGGCAAAUGUGCCCAUGUCGAAGACAUUCCUUGCCAAGGUAAAUGAAAUAAAUGAGAAUGCAAAUUUC